AUGGCGUCUACCACCAUCACCACGUCCCCCGACAAAGCCUUCCUCGAUAAAUUCAUCUCCCUUCUCUCGCGCUCCUACUUGACCACGCCAUUGACGACCGCCUUCAUCACUGAAAUUGACGGGACACCUGCAACGGCAGAUCCCGCCGAGGUGAUCACUCCGCAACGAUUGAGCCAACACUUCACACUGGGGAUCACAGCUGCGGCCCGGAGCAACGUUGCGUUGAUACAGAGCGGGGACUUCGCUGCCGCCGCGCUUUGGGAGCCGCCUGACUUCUGCGGUAUUCCCCCCUCGCAGGCUCGCCGCAAUCCAGGGCCAAUCCUACAGGAAUGGCGUAGCACCGCGCGUGAACUCAAGGCGAAGUAUCUUUCCCUGCCAGAUCAAGGCCCUCACAGUUGGGACCAACCUGCGGCACCAAGUCAGUCGUCGGGGGCGCCUUCGGAAGAUCCGUACCCUGCAGACUUCAACAAGGAUGUUGACUUCGAGACGAGACCUUUUUAUCAUCUUGCUAUGCUGGCGAGAGACCCGGAUCUUGACCCAAAGGAGAGCUUUGCGGCUGCAAAGGCGUGCAUGGAUUACUACGUCCGGAAAGCCAAAGAGGAGGGAGUGCCCAUAUACCUAGAGACAGCGAGUGAGGCUUCCAAGAAGGAGUAUGAAGAUCUAGGAUUCAGAGUGUGCGAGGAAGUGGUCAUAGGGAAAGGCAGGGUCAAUGCCAAAGGCUGGCCUCAAGAGGGUGGCGAGGGUGUCAAGACCUGGGCGAUGAUCUGGGACGAACAUCUGCAGUAA